AUGGAGAAUGAGAAUAAUGGUAGGGUUGGAGCCGAGAAUGAGAGUAAUGGUAGGGUUUCAGUAACUGGAGCUGAGAAUGAGAGUAAUGGGAGGGUUUCAGUAACUGGAGCCGGGUAUGGAGGCGGCCCGUCUUACUGGCUGGAUGCGUGUGAGGAUAUUUCUUGUGAUAUUAUAGAUGAUUUUGUUGAUUUUGAUAGUUCAAUUGUUCAAGAAUUAUCUGUUGAUAAUAAUUCUAAUGUUAAUGAUUUCUUUGGAGGAAUUGAUCACAUUCUUGACAGUAUUAAGAAUGGUAGUGGUCUGCCUCCGCUUAGCAAUGCUAGUACAACAACUAACGUUGCCAAUGGAAGUCGGGAUUGCAAUAUUGGGGAUGGGUGGUUUAGUAAUGUAGAGAAUGGAGUUUGCAACGGAGGCUUGGUUUCACAAUCAAAUGGUGGUGAUAAAGACAAUUUUGAAGGAAAAGGGCUGGUGGAGAAUGUUGAUAAUGGGUCGAAUUUGUCCAAUAGGAAGAGAGAAGAGAAAUUGUCAAACAAUUUUGUUAAAGAAAAUGGGAAAAAGGGUGUUUUUGAGCGGUCAAGGGAGCGAGAUUUUGAUGGUGAAGAAAGGUGCGGUAAAAGGGCUAGACUUUGUGGUUAUAGAAAUGAGAGAGUGUAUUCUAGUAGAGGGCAACAUGAACCUAGGGAUAGGGAGAGAGUCUCCAGCAGGAAGAGAUCGCGGGAUAGGGAUGAAAGUGAUAGAAGGGAUAGGGAUGUUAGUCGGAGAAGAGAUAGAUAUAGUGGUAGCAGUAGGAGGGAUGGUAGAGAUAGGGAUUGGAGGGACAGAGAACUGAGGGGUUAUUGGGAGAGGGAUCGUUCAGGGUCCCAUGAUAUGGUUUUUCGAUUGGGUACAUGGGAAGCUGAUCGUAUCAAAGAAGGGAGGGAGGCCAAUGACAAGAUACCUGAGUGCAAAGGAGAGCCAGAUAAGAAAUCAGAGGAGAGUAAAGAGAAAGUCCCCGAAGAACAAGCCCGCCAGUAUCAAUUGGAUGUCCUUGAACAGGCUAAGAAGAAAAAUACAAUAGCUUUUCUUGAAACGGGGGCAGGGAAGACCCUCAUUGCUCAAGCAGAAGUUAUUCGUGAGCGUACUGGUUACCAAGUGGGCCAUUAUUGUGGUGAGAUGGGUCAAGAUUUCUGGGAUACUAGAAGGUGGCAGCGCGAGUUUGAAACAAAACAGGUUUUAGUGAUGACAGCCCAAAUUCUUUUGAACAUUUUGAGGCACAGUAUAAUCAAAAUGGAAGGCAUCAAUCUCUUAAUUUUGGAUGAGUGUCAUCAUGCUGUGAAGAAACAUCCAUAUUCUCUAGUGAUGUCUGAGUUCUACCAUACAACUCCAAAGGAGAAGAGACCAUCUGUUUUUGGAAUGACAGCUUCUCCUGUUAACUUAAAGGGUGUUUCGAGUCAGGUGGAUUGUGCAAUAAAGAUCCGCAAUCUAGAGAGUAAACUGGACUCAAUUGUUUGUACAAUAAAAGACCGCAAGGAUCUGGAAAAGCAUGUACCAAUGCCCGUGGAAGUUGUGGUGGAGUAUGACAAAGCAGCCAGCUUGUGGUCCCUUCAUGAACAAAUAAAGCAAAUGGAAGUUGCUGUUGAGGAAGCUGCACAAUCAAGCUCGAGAAGAAGUAAAUGGCAAUUUAUGGGAGCUAGGGAUGCUGGGGCCAAGGAAGAGCUGCGUCAAGUUUACGGUGUUUCUGAAAGAACGGAAAGUGAUGGGGCAGCUAACUUAAUUCAAAAGUUGAGGGCAAUUAAUUAUGCACUCGGUGAUCUUGGUCAGUGGUGUGCUUACAAGGUUGCACAAUCCUUUCUGACAGCCUUACAAAAUGAUGAGAGAGCAAACUAUCAGCUUGAUGUUAAGUUUCAAGAAUCCUAUCUGGAAAGAGUCGUGGCACUCUUGCAAUGCCAAUUAACAGAGGGAGCUGUUACAGACAAGGAUACAAAAGUUUCAGACAAUGAAAAUGGCAAUGCUCAAGAUGGGCCUUAUUCUGACGAGAUUGAGGAGGGAGAGCUCCCUGACAGUCAUGUUGUCUCUGGCGGAGAACAUGUCGAUGUGAUAAUAGGAGCCGCUGUAGCUGAUGGAAAAGUGACUCCUAAAGUGCAAUCACUGAUUAAAAUACUUCUUGGAUAUCAGCACACAGAAGAUUUUCGUGCAAUCAUCUUUGUUGAGCGUGUGGUAGCAGCUUUGGUUCUUCCUAAGGUUUUUGCAGUGCUUCCAUCUCUAAGUUUUGUCAGGUGUGCCAGCUUGAUAGGGCACAACAAUAGUCAGGAAAUGAGGACAAGCCAAAUGCAGGACACAAUCACUAAAUUUCGAGAUGGUCGUGUGACAUUGUUAGUUGCUACCAGUGUUGCUGAGGAAGGACUUGAUAUCAGGCAAUGCAAUGUUGUUAUUCGCUUUGAUCUUGCAAAAACUGUUCUUGCAUACAUUCAGUCUCGAGGUCGUGCAAGAAAGCCGGGCUCUGAUUACAUUUUAAUGGUGGAGAGGGGAAAUCUGUCUCAUGGAGCAUUCUUGAGGAAUGCUAGGAAUAGCGAGGAGACACUGCGGAAAGAAGCGAUUGAGAGAACUGACCUCAGUCAUCUUAAGGAUACUUCAAGGUUAAUUGCAGUGGAUUCAAUACCAGGAACUGUUUACCAGGUGGAGUCUACUGGUGCUGUUGUGAGCUUAAAUUCUGCUGUUGGACUAAUCCACUUCUAUUGCUCUCAGCUACCCAGUGACAGGUAUUCAAUACUUCGUCCUGAGUUUAUUAUGGAGAAGCAUGAGAAGCCAGGAGGUCCCACAGAGUAUUCAUGCAAGCUUCAGCUGCCUUGUAAUGCUCCAUUUGAGAAGCUUGAGGGUCCUGUAUGCAGUUCAAUGCGCCUUGCACAGCAGGCUGUUUGUUUGGCUGCUUGCAAGAAGCUCCAUGAGAUGGGAGCAUUUACUGACAUGCUCUUGCCAGACAAGGGAAGUGGGGAAGAAAAAGACAAGGUUGAUCAGAAUGAUGAAGGCGAACCACUUCCUGGGACUGCUAGACAUCGGGAGUUCUAUCCUGAAGGUGUAGCUAAUAUACUCCAGGGAGAAUGGAUUUUAUGUGGAAGAGAUGGUUAUGACAACUCCAAAGUGCUUCGUCUUUACAUGUACAGUGUCAGAUGUGUAAACAGUGGCACUUCAAAUGAUCCAUUCUUGACUCAAGUUUCAAAUUUUGCAGUGCUUUUUGGCAAUGAGCUGGAUGCAGAGGUCUUAUCGAUGUCGAUGGAUCUAUUUAUCGCUCGAACCAUGAUAACGAAGGCAUCUCUUGUCAUUAGGGGUCCCAUAGAUAUUACUGAAAGUCAGCUGGCAUCCCUUAAAAGUUUUCAUGUAAGAUUGAUGAGCAUUGUAUUGGAUGUGGAUGUUGAACCUUCCAACACUCCGUGGGAUCCUGCGAAAACAUAUUUAUUCGUCCCCAUGGUUAGCGAUAAGUUUGUAGAUCCUAUAAAAGAAAUUGACUGGGAUCUGGUUGAAAAUAUAAUUGGAACAGAUGCAUGGAGCAAUCCCCUUCAGAGAGCUCGACCGGAUGUUUACCUUGGUACAAAUGAGAGGACACUUGGUGGAGACAGAAGGGAGUAUGGUUUUGGGAAAUUGCGUCAUGGAAUUGCUUUUGGACAGAAAUCUCAUCCCACUUAUGGCAUCAGGGGAGCUGUAGCACAGUUUGAUGUUGUGAAAGCUGUUGGAUUGGUUCCUAGGCGGGAACGGGAUGCAACUGAGAUGCAAAAGCUGGAGUUGACCAAAGGCAAACUAAUGAUGGCUGACACCUGUGUGGAUGCUGAUGCUUUGAUAGGGAGAAUUGUUACAGCUGCUCACUCUGGGAAGAGGUUUUAUGUGGUUUCCAUAUGCUCUGAUAUGACUGCCGAGAACUCAUUCCCAAGAAAAGAGGGUUAUCUUGGUCCUCUGGAGUACAGCUCAUAUGCUGAUUACUACAAGCAAAAGUAUGGAGUUGAAUUGGUAUAUAAGCAACAACCUUUAAUAAGAGGACGAGGUGUUUCAUACUGCAAGAAUCUCUUAUCCCCUCGGUUUGAACACUCAGAUUCAAAUGAAGGUGAAUCUGAAGAGAAUCUUGACAAAACUUACUACGUGUUUCUUCCUCCUGAGCUGUGUCUAGUACACCCUCUUCCUGGAUCACUUGUUCGAGGUGCCCAGAGAUUACCAUCAAUAAUGAGGAGAGUUGAAAGCAUGCUACUCGCUGUUGAACUUAAGGAUAUAAUAAAUUAUCCAGUCCCUGCUUCAAAGAUCUUGGAAGCCUUGACUGCUGCUUCAUGCCAAGAGACAUUCUGCUAUGAAAGAGCAGAGCUUCUAGGAGAUGCAUACCUGAAAUGGGUUGUUAGUCGAUUUCUUUUUCUUAAGUAUCCCCAGAAACAUGAGGGUCAACUCACUAGGAUGAGGCAACAAAUGGUUAGCAACAUGGUUUUGUAUCAAUAUGCAUUGAAUAAAGGACUUCAGUCCUAUAUUCAAGCAGAUCGCUUUGCUCCAUCUAGAUGGGCUGCUCCUGGAGUGUUGCCUGUGUUUGAUGAGGACGCAAAAGAUGGAGACUCGUCCUUAUUUGAUCAGGAGAAAUUACUUGCUGAGGAUAGAGCAGGAAUGGAUCGUCUUGAUGAUGGAUAUGAAGAUGAAAUUGAAGAUGGUGAACUUGAGAGUGAUGCUAGUUCUUACAGAGUCCUCUCUAGCAAGACAUUGGCAGAUGUUGUUGAAGCAUUAAUCGGUGUCUAUUAUGUUGAAGGUGGGAAGAAUGCUGCUAACCACCUCAUGAAAUGGGUCGGAAUUCAGGUAGAGUUUGAUCAUGAAGACAUGGAGCGUGCAUCUAGGCCAUUCAAUGUUCCAGAAAGUGUUCUUAGGAGUGUUGACUUUGAUGCUUUAGAAGGUGCCUUGGAUAUUGAGUUCAAAGAUCAUGGCUUGUUGGUAGAAGCCAUUACGCACGCUUCACGACCAUCUUCUGGAGUAUCCUGCUAUCAGCGAUUAGAAUUUGUUGGUGAUGCAGUCUUAGAUCAUCUCAUUACUAGGCAUUUGUUUUUCACGUAUACAAAUCUGCCCCCUGGUCGUCUGACAGACUUGCGAGCUGCUGCUGUAAACAAUGAAAAUUUUGCACGUGUUGCAGUUAAACACAAGCUUCAUGUGCACCUUAGACAUGGGUCAAGCGCACUUGAAAAGCAGAUUCGCGACUUUGUUAAGGAAGUUCAAGAUGAAUUAUUGAAGCCAGGGUUCAACUCCUUUGGUUUAGGAGAUUGCAAAGCUCCAAAGGUUCUUGGGGACAUUGUUGAAUCUAUUGCUGGUGCUAUUUUUCUUGACAGUGGGCGAGACACUGCAGUUGUUUGGAAGGUUUUUCAACCUCUUUUGCAUCCAAUGGUCACUCCAGAAACCCUACCAAUGCAUCCUGUAAGGGAGCUGCAGGAACGGUGCCAGCAACAGGCUGAAGGCUUGGAAUACAAAGCCACUCGAAGUGGCAAUUUGGCUACUGUUGAAGUUUUCAUUGAUGGUGUUCAGGUAGGAGUCGCACAAAAUCCACAAAAGAAGAUGGCACAGAAACUUGCUGCUAGGAAUGCACUUGCUGUUUUGAAAGAGAAGGAAACAGCUGAAGCCAGGGAGAAGAGUGAUGAGAAUGGGAGGAAGAAAAAAAUGGCAACCAAACGUUUACCAGACAAACCUUAA